AACCACCAAGGCCCUUCAACCCCCUUCAGGCCUCUUGAUCAGGUCAAACUUGAGUAGCACCGGCCCGGAAUCCGGCCGAAUAUUUCCAGACUAUAACAAUUAAUUCAAUUGACAUUGAAAGGAGCCGGUUAUCUUUUUGUAACGGGGAAGAAACUGGUUGGGACAGAGUGGCUCAGGAUCAGAAAAAAAAAAAACCCCAAACCCAAAAUGCUGUCCGAAGAAUUCGUUUCGUCGCUCUGUGGCGGUCCCCUAUCAAGCAACACCAGUAUUGCCAAGGAUGUCGGAAUCUACGUCCACACUUUGAGUCCGGCAUAUUCCGUCAAGUCGGCCUUCAAGAAAAACUCUGCCGCACCAAAUUGCGUUGCCGUCAAUGACAGUCACAUUUUCGCCGCCCAGCAUGAAAAGGCUGCUUUGCACGUUUACUCGAGGAUACGCGGAAACCAGGAGGCAUAUGUCCCCUUCCCCGAGAAGAUACGAUGUGUGGCUUUGGCAGACGAUGUCCUGAUUCUGGGUACAGCGGAGGGAAGAAUAAUGCUUUGGGAGUUCUGCACAGGGAGAUUGGUCUCGACUCCAGCCUGUCACGUCCAGCCGGUGACCUGUCUUGCCGUGACACCUCACUCGGUCCUAAGUGGCUCGGACGAUUCCAACGUGCAAGUUUGGAGCCUUGCACAACUCUUGGAGCUUGAUCACAUCGCCGAGCAAGCUCCGGAACGAACCUUAUCAAACCAUAGGGCAGCCAUCACGGCUCUCGCGGCGAGUUCCGGCGCGGACGGCGGAUCAGGCGCCACCGAUUCAACCCUCUGCGUUUCGGCCAGCAAGGACAAGACCUGCGUCAUAUGGAACUACCGCACCGGGCUUCCGCUACGGACACUACUCUUCCCGGCUUCUCCGCUCUGCCUCUCUCUAGACCCCUGCACAAGGGCGUUGUGCCUUGCGGCCGACGAUGGCUCAGUCUAUCUGGUUGAGCUGUUUGGUGAGCCUGCACCGCUCCUAGGGCCCCAUGCUGCCGAAGCCGCAUCGACCGUGGUGCAGGUGACGUCGCCUUUUGGCAUGGCACCUCCAGAGGCGGGACCGGCGUCGUGCUUGGCGACGAGUUACGAUGGCACUGUUCUCCUGUCUGGACAUGCAAAAGGAAAAAUCCUUCAGUGGAGCCUAGCAGACAACAGUCCGCCUACCGAACUAGCGGAUCUCAAUGCUGCCGUCAGCAAUCUAGUUUUUGUGCCCCCACUGCCAUCAUCAAGUUUCGGCCAGUCGACGACAAAAUCGCCAACCAUCGUCAAACCUGCCGCCAACGCCGACAAGACCUACGCUUUCACGGCACAUUUCAAUGCAGAUCUCGGCAGUUCUACCGAGCCGAGCAGAUUUGAAAAACUGAUGAACACGCCUGGAUUCUCCGAGGAUGUGCUUAAGCAGGCGAUUCUCGGAUUCCAGCAGCCCUCCGCUGCUGCAACACCGGCAGUAACAACCAAUGGAUCAUCGGAUGACGGAAAUGAAGUGGAGGAGCUACGUCGUCAGAAUGAAGAGCUACUGCAGAUUGUCAACGAGCAAAAAGCUCUUUACAAGCAAGUUCUGCAGCGCCAAGCCGGGGCGCAAAGCUAAUGCCAGCUAGACCUUGAGAUGAAAGAUCAAGGCGAGCUCGAAAGAAAAGAUAAGAUGCAAGCCCGCUUCGCAAUUGGACCCAAACUGUUACUUGAUUUCAACACCGAUAGAUGAGAUACCCCCCGAAACCCGAAGGACAGAGACUUGAAUCAUUAGCUGCAAAGUACAAGAUACAUGGAUGUGUUUACAGACUACAAUGUGACGACUAAAACCCCUGAUCGGGAAGCCCAGGACAUGAGUAGAAACGGAGAGCAAGGUCCUUGAAACACUCAAUCGUCAGAUCCAGCUCGACUCUAUCAUUUUUUGUUUCUCGAGUGUUUCUGUGCUGUUGACCAAUCAGACACUCGGC